CUACUUUGGGGUAUAUCUGAAUUAUUUCUAUAUGGAUUAGCACCAUUAUCAGCGUUUUUUGCACUAAUUCAUGCCGACCUCGAAUGGCUCUUUCCAACUUAUGCUAUGCGAACACUUUUUCCAAGCUUUAUGCUUAUUCUACCGAUACUAUUUACCAUUUUCUCCUAUAUUUUAUAUUGGUUUAUUGAUCUUAUAAUUGACGUACAACAAGUUUCGGAUAACUUGCUCGAUAUGGAAGUGUGGAAACGAUGUAUUUGGGCUAGCGCAUUGUUAAUUACUAAUAUUUAUGCUGUACUGCUUACAAUUGUCGUUUUACAACUGAUCUACUAUCAGCAUUAUAUAGUUAUCGAAGAGCAGGUUGUGCGUGAACAACAAAACAUAAUAAAUGAAGGAAGAGUUCGGUAUCUUCAUUACAGACGUCAACGUCGACGUCAACUAAUUAAUCAAUUACCAAAUGCCGGAAUUCGACAAAAUCAGGAAAGAUUAAAUAAUAAUCAGGCAAAUGUUGAAAAUGUUUAA